AUGGACAAAGAACGAUUGAGUUUGAGAGGUGAGGAGCAGAACCAAGCUGAACCAAGGAGGAAGCAAGGAGGAACCAAGCAGGAGGAGCAGAGAGGAGGUGGGCAGAAGAGGAGCCAGAGGAGGUGGGCAGAAGAGGAGCCAGAGGAGGUGGCGAGAAGAGGAGCCAGAAGAGGUGGACAGAAGAGGAGCCAGAGGAGGUGGCUAGAAGAGGAGCCAGAGAAGAAGAGGAGCCAGAAGAGGUGGGCAGAAGAGGAGCCAGAGGAGGUGGCUAGAAGAGGAGCCAGAGGAGGUGGGCAGAAGAGGAGCCAGAGGAGGUGGCUAAAAGAGGAGCCAGAGGAGGUGGCUAGAAGAGGAGCCAGAGGAGGUGGGCAGAAGAGGAGCCAGAAGAGGUGGGCAGAAAAGGAGCCAGAGGAGGCGGGCAGAAGAGGAGCCAGAGGAGGCGGGCAGAAGAGGAGCCAGAGGAGAAGAGGAGCAGAGAGGAGGUGGCUAGAAGAGGAGCCAGAGGAGGUGGGCAGAAGAGGAGCCAGAGGAGGUGGGCAGAAGAGGAGCCAGAGGAGGUGGCUAAAAGAGGAGCCAGAGGAGGUGGCUAGAAGAGGACCCAGAGGAGGUGGGCAGAAGAGGAGCCAGAGGAGGUGGGCAGAAAAGGAGCCAGAGGAGGUGGCUAGAAGAGGAGCCAGAGGAGGUGGGCAGAAGAGGAGCCAGAGGAGGCGGGCAGAAGAGGAGCAGAGAGGAGGUGGCUAA